GGCAGGAAUUCCCAGGCUCCACGUGACGCUUUGGAAUGCGGUGACGUCAUCCCCGGGGUCUGUGCCUCUCUCUCUCCAUUGCCUUUUGCAAAAAAAUAAAAAUAAAGGAAAGUUGGAAAGGAAGCAGGAGCAGGAGCAGCGGACCCAGGUGAGAGCAGCUUUGCUCGUGAUGUCCGGCCCCACCUGGCUCCCUCCGAAACAGGUGGGCAUCCCAGGGCAGCCGGACAUCACUGCCUCUGCUCCGGCCACUUGCAGACCUCAGAAGAGUUUUGUUUCGGUCCCGGUCGUGCCCAAACCGUAUGGGUUUCAGGAGGCGAACGGGACCAUGAAUGCGGCCGGACUAUCUCCUCGCUACCAGCCACCUGUGCCAGGUCCUCCUCCUCCUCUUCUCCGGGAUUCCUCACCUGAGCAUCAUUACUCACCUGCGGACGAGCGCGGAUCAGGGGGAUCCUGGGCAGGUGUCUCCCACUCCGCCUAUGCCUUGCAGCAAGGGGCGCCCUCUCUGGACCAGGGCCCUCCCCACUCCACCAGCAUCGACCUCCAGAUCGACUCGCUGACCAGCAUGUUGGCCGACAUGGAAGGUAUUCGGCCGCAGCGGCGAGGAGAGAGGCCGAACCUGGACCCCUCCCCUUACUCUCCGGCCCUUCCGCAGUCCGGCAUUGCCAAACCGGUGCCCGUUUACAAGCCAGGACUUUCCGGGACCUUCCCUCCGGCCAAGCCUUCCGCCUUUGUUGCCACCGACAGCGCCUUUGCCAAGAGUGGACCCAACUACAGUGCUGUCCAGUCCUAUCCGGCCGCCUCUCCUCUUCCGGGGGAUUCCUAUGGCUACCACCGGGCAACCGGGAUGCCCAGACCAUUCCCGCAGCCCAUCCCGGCCUCUUACACCACCACGUCGUCUGCCACUGGACCGCCGGUCAAUGUCCAGGUGAAGGUGGCCCAGCCGGUGUUGGGGUACCACCAGCCCCGGCGCCGGCCAGAGCUCGCCUACGGGCCACCGUCUCCGCGGCCCAGCUACGGUGUCAGGCCACCCCCACAGUACGCCUCAGAGCCGGGGGUCCGGGCCCGGCCUCUGGAGGCAGGGGAGCCAUGGUAUCCAGAGCCCCCCUCCUACGGUCGGCGGGUGGCCGAAGGGGAGCUCUACCCCAAGGGGGGACCACCACAGCCGGGUGUCGGGCCAUUUCUGGCCGGGAUGGGCAAACCAGUGAAGGAGGAUGCAGCAGUUGCCCCCCAGAUGCCUACGAGUGGUGGAGGAAUGAGGUACCAGCACCAGGCCCCUCCGAGCCGCCCCGAAGAGGAGCUGGACCGACUCACGAAGAAGUUGGUCUACGAUAUGAAUCACCCUCCAUCAGGGGAGUAUUUUGGGCGGUGUUCCCGGUGCGGGGAGAACGUGGUGGGGGACGGGACGGGCUGCGUGGCCAUGGACCAGGUCUUCCACGUGGAGUGCUUCACCUGUGCCACCUGCCGAUGCCGCCUCCGAGGGCAGCCCUUCUACGCCAUCGACCGGCGCUCCUACUGCGAGUCCUGCUACAUCGUGACCCUGGAGAAAUGUUCGAUGUGCUCCAAGCCGAUCAUGGACCGGAUCCUGAGGGCGAUGGGCAAGACCUACCACCCGCAGUGCUUCACGUGUGUCGUGUGCCACCGGUGCUUGGACGGUGUCCCUUUCACCGUCGACGCCACCAGCCAGAUCCACUGCAUUGAAGACUUCCAUCGGAAGUUUGCUCCGCGCUGUUCGGUGUGUGGCAACGCCAUCAUGCCAGAACCCGGGCAGGAAGAGACGGUGCGGAUCGUGGCCCUGGACCGCAGCUUCCACAUCGGAUGCUACAAAUGCGAGGAAUGCGGGCUCCUGCUGUCCUCCGAAGGCGAAGGCCGGGGCUGCUACCCGCUGGACGGCCAUAUCUUGUGCAAGAGCUGCAGUGCGCAACGCAUCCAAGAGCUCUCCUCCAAGAUCACCACCGACUGCUGAUUUUUCCAAAAGGUUAUGCACCGUCAAUUUCCUAUAAAGCUCAUUUCCUAUUUUAUUUUUUGUCUGAUUUCCUAUCUGCCAAAUCCUCCCUUUUCGUUGUGCGCCUCUCGAACCCGUCACCCGCUACUUUGCGCACCCUGAACAUCGCGUUUGUUCCCAGUUUGAGGAAAUAAUGGAACAACCUCUUUGGAAAGGAGGUAUUUUUUUCAUUCUUUUGGACUACAGUUCCCAGCAUCCCCUAGUAACAGCAGCAAUGGGAUGUGCAGUCCAAAACGAAGCUAACUUUCUAAACUCCUGCCUUGCAAACCCCUCCAGACCCAUAAGCUGGACUUAGCUGGAUGGUUGGGGGCUUUUUGUUGUUCCCCUUCCUUUAAUUAUCGGCCCAAGUUGGCCCAGGCCUGGUUUCAAUGAUACGUGAUCAGUCUUGUCCCAGAUUCACAUAUUGAGCGUGCCUUCUCUACUAGGCCGCAGGGUUAUUGAUAUGUUUCUAAAUAACUUGAAAACUCCGCCACUUCUGGCUCAUUAUGGCAGGGCUGUGUCAAAAUUUUUAAUUAAAGAUGUGUCAAACUUC